AGGUGUGUAAUAUCCAUCCCAUGGACACAAGUUGAAGCAUCGUUACAUUGUGUUAUUUCUGGACAAGGAGUUGCACGGUGGACAAUUGGACCUAAUGCAUCUCGGCAAAUUAAUGCGUCUGAUUUGUUUUUAACUGGAGACUUCCGACCUUUUUCCGCGCAUCCGGACGUAAAACUAGGCGCUGUGGAGACCGCCUCAAAUAGGAGUCUAUGACUGGUGCAGCGCAUACAAAGCCCGAAGUAGGCUACCACUCGCUGUCAGGACUACUGUUUUUGUUGAUGUCAUCGGUGGCCGUGUUUGAACCGGAGCGACCGUCAAUUUAUAGUCAGGAUUACUAGAAUAACAAAAUAUAGCAUACAAUAAAAGUGGUGUUUUUGCCGCACAGUGAAUAUGGGAGUUCUGGCGCACUGUGUUUUUAUUUUUAUAUUCCAGCAUUUGACGUCCGCUUAUGAUUUUAAAGAAGGACUAUAUAACAACGGACAGUAUGAAUUUGUGAAAGAUCCCAGUUUGAAUAUCGAAAAGAGAUCACCGGAUUUAGAUUUAGAACAGUUUGACUCUGAAUCAUCUGACCACAUUAGGACCAGGAGAAGUGCGGAUCAAGGGGACUGUAAAAGUCUCCAGGGAUUCGACACCAAGUUGACUAACAACACCCAAACCUAUUCCUUCGACGACCUGAGUGGGUCCGUGUCACUGGCCUGGGUCGGAGACGCCACCGGGGUCAUUCUGGCUCUGACAACAUUCCAGGUGCCGUUCUUCAUGUUGAGAUUCGGUCAGUCUAAACUCUAUCGAAGUGAGAACUAUGGGAAGUCGUUCCAGGACGUCACAAACCUCAUCAACAACACUUUCAUCAGGACAGAGUUCGGCAUCGCCAUCGGACCAGAGAACUCUGGGAAGGUGAUCCUGACAGGUGAUGUGUCUGGCAGCCUGGGCUCUCGUAUCUUUCUCUCCAGAGACUUUGGGAACAGCUUUGAGCAGCAGGACCUUCCCUUCAACCCCCUGAUGCAGAUCAUAUACAACCCCAGAGACGCCAAUGUUCUCCUGGUCAUCAGCAACACUAAUGAACUCUGGCUGUCUGAGGACUUUGGAGAGAACUGGAGGAAGAUCCAUGACAUGGUGUGUCUGGCCAAAUGGGGGAUGGAAAGUAACCUAUUCUUCACCACCAACCUCAAUGGAUCAUGCAAUGAAAGGGGAAUGCUGGACUUGAGGAAGACAACAGACUAUGGGAAGACCAUCAAGACUGUUGCCAUUAAGAUCUUCUCCUUUGGCCUGGGCGGAAAGUUCCUGUUUGCUUCUGUUAUGACUGGUACUGGCACUCUGAGGAUGAUCCAUGUGUCGACUAACCAGGGGGAGGAGUGGAACAUGGCUCAACUGCCUCCGGUUGGCCACGAGGAGUUCUAUUCUAUCUUGGCAGCCAAUGAGGACAUGGUGUUUAUGCACGUGGAUGAACCAGGAGACACAGGCUUUGGCAGCAUCUACGUGUCAGAUGACAGGGGGACAGUGUAUUCCAAGUCUCUGGAGCGUCACCUCUACACCACCACAGGGGGCGACACUGACUUCACCAACGUUACCUCUCUACGAGGAGUCUUCAUCACCAGUAUACUGGCAGAGGACGGCUCGGUGCAGUCCGUGGUGUCCUUCGACCAGGGAGGGGAAUGGGUGCCCCUGCAGAAGCCUGACAACACCAAGUGUGACUCCACAGCUAAAGACCCUGACAAGUGCAGUCUCCACAUCCACGCAGCUUACAGCACGGCUAUGAAGCUGAACGUCCCCAUGCUGCCUCUCAGUGAACCAAACGCUGUAGGACUCAUCAUGGCUCACGGGAGUGUGGGUGAUGCCAUCUCUGUGAUGAAGCCUGACGUAUUCGUGUCCGAUGACGGGGGCUACACCUGGCUCCAGGCCCUGAAGGGACCUCACCACUAUGCCAUCCUGGACUCUGGUGGACUACUGGUGGCUGUGGAGCACUCUGCUCAGCCCAUCAAAGACAUCAAGUUUUCCACAGACGAGGGCCAGUGCUGGCAUGUUCACCAGUUCACUAGCGACCCAAUCCACUUCACAGGGCUAGCGUCGGAGCCGGGGGCGAGGUCUAUGAACGUCAGUGUCUGGGGCUACAGAGACGCUCUGCUCAGUCAGUACUGGGUAUCCGUCACCAUCGACUUCAGAGAGCUGCUCACUAGAGACUGUGAGGACCAGGACUACGUGCAGUGGCUGGCGCACUCUGAUGACAUCAGCGACCCUAACGACGGCUGUAUGUUGGGUUAUAAGGAGAAGUUCCUGCGUCUGAGGAAGGCCUCCGUCUGCUGGAACGGACGGGACUAUGAGGUCAACAAGCAACCCACCCCCUGCCCCUGCACCCUGGAUGACUUCCAAUGUGACUUUGGGUACUAUCGUAAAGAGAACAGCCCCGAGUGUGUGGAGCAGCCGGACCUGAAGGGCCACGUUCUGGAGUUCUGUCUGCAGGGCAAGAAGGAGUUACUGCAGACCAGAGGCUAUAGGAAGAUCCCUGGGGAUAAGUGUGAGGGAGGAACUCAGCCGGAGAGGAAAGAGAUCGACCUCAGUAUUAGGUGUGUCAGUGACCUGCUGGGACCGCAGGAUCUACUGACGGAUGGCCAUCUGUCCAGCUCUGCACCCAUCGUAGUGACGGUUCUAAUCAUUUUGCUACUCUGUAUCGUAGCUGGGGUCCUCUUCGUCAAGAAGUACGUCUGCGGUGGAAGGUUCCUGGUACACAGGUACUCAGUCCUACAGCAGCAUGCUGAGGCCCAGGGAGACGGAGUAGACGAGUCACUAGAUAGCAACCACACUCAGGCUGGCAACAAGACCGGCUGCCACGACGAUUCAGACGAGGAUCUUCUGGAGUAACAGGUGGCAUUUGCAGCUACCAGGAGUAACUACUAGCCUCCGGUCUCUCCUUUACAACCCAGAAGCUACAAGGGGAAUCUAGUCUCCUGUCUGUCCUGAGGCUCACUGCUCUACAUUGAAGAACACGUUUCUCCUAUGUGUACACCCAGAGGCUCGCUGCUGCUUUUUCUCCUUCGCUUCCUGCUACUCCCCCCACC